AGCCGGUUUGAAUGUCUUGCUUCAAGGCUGUAAUAUAUUGUAUGGGUACUAUGGAACAUGACAGGUGCUCUGCUGUGCUUUCCACGCAAUGGGCAGUGUUUGUAGUUGAUGUCGAUUGCCUUGUGGGCGCCGGUGAUCGAGUAAUCGAGAAAGCGCGAAUGACGGGUGACAAGGCUGAAGGCGACAGGCGCCUGUCGAUCCUCCGCAUCUCACUUCAUGGGCUCGCGCGACACUCAUUGUUGUAUAUCCACAUUCUCAUUCGGUGCUUCCCAGUAUGCAUGCAUAGGGCGUUCUAUUUAAUCGCAUCUGAUUUUCAUCUUAACUAUUGAAACCCAUUUGCCAGAUGCAUCAUGCAGAGAACGCUACUAGGAGCAGCAGCCUGGAGGACUCGAGUCCGGAACGACUCGAUAGGCCAUCCCGCCUGAAGGCCACCGACAGCACUCUCGUACCAGAAGACGUUCUACCUGAUAUAAUACCUGUCCCAAACUCGGCAUUGCUCUAUUCGAAUAUUCAUGCUCAGCGUGAGCGCCGACUUCGCCUGCUGAUUCGUCGCUAUACCAAUCAGAUCCAGUACGGCUGCAGGGAUAUCAACUGCACGACGCCAACAUGCCUGAGUUAUAGAAAGAGAAAUACCACCGGUCCUCUGAGGCCAUAUACAGACUUGAGCACAAGGACGCUGGCAUGUCAACUUGUCGAAGAGUCUAUGAAAGGUGGUAAGGGACGGGCUUUGCUCUGUCCGAAUGAGCCAGUUGUGCCAUGGUACCAGGAUCCUGCAACAGCUAAGAGAAGACGCAGAAGCCUUGACAAGGCCAAGGGGCAGCGCGAUGAAGGCGCACCUAUAGCCAAACAGCAAGUUACAGACCAUGGCAAUGGGGAGGCAGGCAGUCACGUACAGAGAACCGAGCAUGUGUCACACAGGCCGAGCCAUGACAGCCUCGUUCAGGCACGCAGACGGUUCAAGGAGUGGACAAAAGAACAAGGCGAAGACGAUGCCAGCGAAGGCACUGUGGACCUUCUCGAUGCACCGUUGGCUCAACAAACUUUUGACCAGGUACCAUCGGCCGAAGCUCCCACGAGUGAUCAAGCCGGUGAUGUAUCCAGACCUCCGCACCCCUCUGAGAAGAAAGACAUUGCCUCUUUCACUCAGACACUGUUCGAUCUAUUGCCGCUGCGACUGCUCGCCUUGUUACCGGCGAGAAGUCAAUCUCAUCCGUCUGAUACCGUCAGCCCGACCGCCCAGCAUGAAACAGAGACGCACCAGGCUGCCUAUGCCGACACCUUGCAAAAUGGCAACGCCCCUGGUGCCACUCAAGGCAACAAUGAUCAGCAUACAGAGCUAGAAAAUGACGCCGUGGAUCUGCCCGCACAAUUCCUCACAAGAAGAACACUUCGCACCUUGAGCUGGCGUUCCAUUCACUGGCUGCAUCAUGUGCCUCAGAGCCAUAGCACCGAUACUUGCAAGAUCAUUUUUCGACCCUUCAUCAAGCAGAGCUUUGCAUACUGCUUCAGCGACCCUGAUCGCCUCGUCAAUUCAGUCAGAGAUCUUCAGCAGAGUUUUGUGCCGCGAUACGUUGCAAUACACUGUCGGUCCAAGCCAUGCCCGCCUUACACAAGUGUCAGUCCAAGCGCGUGGCCACAAGUUGCCACAAAGACAUGGUUGGAUGUGACUGCACUGGUAACAAGCCUCGCCUUUCUGGACCAUUUUGCGUCGCGAGAUAUAGUUCUCGGCAGCAUGUUUACGGCUUUGCAGCGCUCGUAUACUCUACCUCACCGUCUGCGUAACCGGACGACGGGAAAACGUUGCCGGUCGAGUGGCGAGAGUGGAGAGAGAGCAUCAGCCACGGGCCCGGAAAGCUUUUGCGAUGACACCCAUGCCUUGAGAGACAUCAUGAGAACGAGCAAGUCAGUAAAGGAAGAAGAUGAUCACUUGCCUCUGAGCGACGCCCGAGUUGCAGAGAUGUGUUUUGUGGCCCUCAUGUCGAUCGCUUCUAUGGCGUUCAGGGCUCCCUUGGGUGAAAGAUGGGAAGAAGCCAUGUUGUUUGAUCAGUUCUCGCGGUUGAGGAAUCGUGGCGGCGCUCAUACGAGCUGGCGAAAGCGUUCCAACGACGACACAACCGACUGGCGCGGGCCCUACCGCUAUGGACAGCAGAUGAUCAAGGUUGUGGACGUAUUUGAGUCCUGGCCUGUUCUUCAUCUACUUUAUGCUGUCACAGAUGUGAUCAGCCACCGACUCCUUGUGACAAAAUGGUCAGAAGCUAUGGAGGGUUCGAGGCCUGCGUCGAAGCAGAGAAAGACCGUGAUCGAACUCUCGAUCGAAUGCUUUGACCGUGACACGCUCGAAAGUCGGACCGCCGACAACAAACAGCCAAGGAGCUGGGUCGGAACGGCCUUGGUCGAAGUACUGAGAACGGUCAUGCUUAAAGCUUGGGACGGUCGUGCGAUCAUUCAGCGUGCAGGACCAGUAGGUGGAGCUCUUGAGCUUCUGGCUGGUAUUUAUCGUGAGCGCAAAGGUCUAAACUUGGAUCCAGAGAUCUUCCGCAUGGGCUUUGUUGAGGAGACGUUUGAGGGGAUGUCUAUGGCCAUGGAAUGGCUAUCGUUUCAAGCAGACACUCGACAGACACAUAUCUUAUCCUACUCAUUCUUGUUCCAACCUAGGAUGCUUGUCCAAUACUUCAGAGCGAUCAACCUCGACAUAAUGCGCAAGUCAUACGAGAAUGCCAAGCUGGUGUACAACGAUACUCGGCAAUACGUAUUCCUGCCUAACAUCCCGGUCUACGGAGUGAAAGAGGUGCUGACGCAACUGCGACCUCAUAUGGCCAGGUAUUUUGUCCUUACAAUACGAAGGGACAGUAUACUGAGUGAUGCGAUCAAUCAAAUAUGGCGCAGACAGCGAAGAGAGUUAAUGCGCCCUCUGCGAGUACGUAUUGGUAAGGACGAGGGCGAAGAUGGAGUUGACUACGGUGGGGUGCAGCAAGAGUUCUUCCGCGUAGUGUUUGCGGAAGCUCUCAGACCCGAAUAUGGCAUGUUCACGGUUGACGGCACGACGAGAAUGGUGUGGUUUCAGCCUGGCUCAUUUGAGCCUCUCUACAAAUUUGAAGCCCUUGGUAUAUUGAUGUCGAUUGCUGUUUACAACGGCAUCACCGUGCCGGUCACAUUUCCGCUGGCAUUUUAUCGCAAGCUGCUGGGUCUUAAGGUGAAGAAAUUGGAGCACAUCGUUGACGGCUGGCCCGACCUCGCCAGAGGCCUGCAGACUCUAUUAGACUGGUCCGAGGGAGAUGUCGGGGAUGUGAUUGGCAGGACUUACGAGUUCAGCUAUGAGCUUUGUGCGAACAGGGUGUCCGUGGACAUGGAGAAAGCUGGGCGUGAUGAUCUAUGGCCAGCAACAAAAUCGCGUAUGAGCAAGAAAGGCAAGGAGAAGGCGAAGUCGACAUCCUUCGAAUUGCCGAUCGAGCCUUCACUUACUCCGCCCAUCCAGUCAUCACCGGACCUCAAACCAACAGUGGUUCCUGUGCUGAGACGAUCGUCGUCGGUCGACCUCAAAGGCAUCUCCACGCCCCAGAGUCUCGACAGUGACUUACUCGAGGAUGAAGCUGCGUUGGUCACCAACGCCAACCGUGGACAAUAUGUGAAAGACUAUGUCCUGUGGCUGACGCACAAGUCAAUCCAAGCGCAGUACGAAGCGUUCGCCAAGGGCUUUUAUACGUGCUUGGACCGUACGGCGUUGUCGAUAUUCACGCCUGAAGCUCUCAAGACUGUGAUUGAAGGGCAUGUCGAGAUCGAUAUCGACGAGCUUCAGAAGACGGUCCUGUACGAGGACCCAUAUUGCGUCAAUUCGUCCACGAUCGUUGAUUUCUGGCACGUUGUACGCAGCAUGAGUCCGGAACAACACCGCCAAUUGCUGCUAUUUGUUACGGCAAGCGACCGCGUGCCGGUGAAUGGGUUGAUUAGUAUACAAUUCCACAUCCAGAAAAAUGGGGAUGAUGAUAAUCGUUUGCCCCAAAGCAGUACGUGCUACGGCCGGUUGUUGUUGCCGCAGUACUCGAGCCGAGAGAUUCUGAGGGAGAAGUUGACUAAGGCUAUUGAGAAUUGUUUCGGGUUUGGAGCGUUGUAGACCCAGACGCGCAGGACGAUACGGCAUACGGGGCUUAAUCAAGGGCGUUCUACAUGCAUACCUAGGUAUGGACAUGGUGGGUUGAAUAAUUAUGCUUUUCCAGCGGCUGGAGCGUUCAGCGGGCGAAAUCGAUCUCUUUCUGCUUGCCUACAGUUUCAAAAUAUCCAUUCGCGAGUCUUAAGAUUCGCG